AUGCACGUGGCCAAAUAUGGCAGGUUAUCUGCAUUUGAUGGAGUUGACCCAGUUCUCACAGGUAAGUCCUGCCAGCUUCCAAGCAAUUCUCCAGAAGGAGACUGGCAGUGUUUGGACUAUAGAACAAACAUGGUUUUGCAAACUGUUCAUGAGUCAAUUUUCCCCAUUUCAAGUAACUUUCACGAUGAAAACGCUCCUAUCAUUCUAGAAGGUGUAUUUGAUGCUUCCCUCAAAAUGGCUGGAUUCUAUGGACUCUACACUUGGCUGACUCACACUAUAUUUGGGAUUAACAUAGUCUUCAUACCAUCUGCAUUAGCAGCAAUCCUUGGAGCAGUGCCGUUUCUGGGGACAUACUGGGCAGCCAUCCCUGCAGUCCUAGAUUUGUGGCUUGUGCAAGGACAGGGAUGCAAAGCCAUUUUGCUCUUGGUUUUUCACCUCUUGCCAACCUAUUUUGUAGAUACAGCGAUUUAUUCCGAUAUAUCAGGAGGUGGCCAUCCUUACCUGACAGGUCUUGCAGUAGCUGGUGGAGCAUAUUACCUGGGACUGGAAGGAGCCAUCAUAGGGCCAAUUCUACUUUGUAUACUUGUGGUUGCUUCCAACAUAUAUAGUGCCAUGCUGGUGAGUCCGACAAACUCAGUGCCCACUCCAUCACAAGCAGCAUGGCCAUUACAGAUUUACCGGUCAACUAGAGAGAGUCCUGAGGAGAUGAAAAUGGCUGCAGAGUGAUGAAGGUGCUGUGCUGCACCUAUUCAACAUGAGAGAAUCACUGUCUUCUGUCUUGAGUUCACAGCAGUCAUGGCCUUCACUCUGUUUCCAGCUGUGCCUAGGGGCAGCUCACAGGGAAGCAUAGCUUGGGUUUCAGGAGAAACCACUUCUGGAACAUCUGCUGGCCUUACAUUAUUGUGCACUUUGCCUCUUCAAGAGGGAAUGUCUACUUCCCAUGGCUUUGCGUACUAACACAUAGUUCAACUGCCUUGUUGGAGACCUUGAAGACCUGUCUUCUUAAAGAGUGGUUAAGAGGACAGGUAUAUCCGCUGGAGUCAUUAUCUGCUGAAAUGACUAACUUGACUUUUAUUUAUUGGGUUAUUUGUGUUAUUAAAUUGUAGUAGCUUUAAAGAAAGCUAAUUCCAAAAUACUUAU